AUGUCAUUCAAGCUGCCGCCCCUCCAGACCGUCACCCAGUGCGCCUCGCUUGUCACCGCCACGCGAGCCAUAUGGGAGCUUUCCCGCAUGGUCCGCCAGAAGAAGCGCGAGGUCGAGCAGACAAAGGAGGUUGAGGACCUGCUCGAUGAAAUCGAGGAAUUCGUUCACGAGGGCGUCUUGACCAAGCGAGAGUGGAAGGCCUUUUGCGCCAACGUCGAAGAGGCGCUGUCCAAGAAAGAAUGCACCCCGCGCGAGGCACAGGCAAAGGUCCUGGAUUUCCUGGAGGCUCUGCAUUCCAUCGCCCAAGAGUUCCAGGAAGAGGACCGCGCCUACCACUCCGAGCCAGAAGACGUCGACCAAGUUCCGCACGCUCACCACCACCGAAUCGAGCACAAGGCACCGCAACCUCGCCGCGACUCCGCCGUGAACACGUCCAGAGACUCCCAGUCACGGUCUCGUACCGCCGCGUAUCCGCCUUCGCCACGUCUGCCCCGCUCGCACACGGCUCCUGCAUCCGAUCUCCGUCCACGCCGAGCAUCUGCUCCGAUGGCUCAUCACCACUAUCAUGCGCCUCCAGCGAGUACGGCGCCUGCCACCCCAGGAGGUUCCGUCUCUGGUAUCCCCCAUGUGCCAGUCACACUGCCCAGCCAGUUUCAGAACGGUCAGCACUAUAGGGCUCCAAGACACGUUCAGUCCGUUCCCUCUUCAUCUGCUGUCCCAGCUGCCAGCGGAGCCUUUUCGCCGGGAGCUGGUGCAGGUGCAUUUUCCCCCGGGCACAUGCUACCAAACCAACCAACCUAUUACCCCAAUGUUCCACCUUCAAUGUUCGCUCCAGGCACUGCGUCUCCCUUCGUAGCCGGUAAUGGUGGUACUGCAUCUCGUGCAUAUUCAUAUGGUGGGGCUGCAAGUUCACCUGAGCAUAUGUCUCCUACUUCUCAUGUGAAUGCCACUGUCUCGCCACCGCACCCCAACUACUCUGGUCCGCUUCCCGUACCGCCAUCCCGAUCCUUCAAUCAACCGGGCUGGGCUCCAUUGCCUACACAGACCCCAGGAGGGCCCACUUCCCCUGCGUCGACCGUUUCGGCGCACAACACAUGGACCGCGAACACGACGUUCCCUUUCCCCAGUUUCCCUGAGAAUCGCAGCCGAGAUCAGGGCAAUUCCAAUAGCAACCGUCCUAGUGCUGGUCCCAGCCCUUCUCACUCCCAUCGCAGUCCAGUUCACCAAGAAGCAAGGACUCCAGCAUCGUAUUCUCCUCCCGCCAACCCCGCUUCCAGCGCAGCAUCUUCGCCCAUCGUGCCACCAUCAUCGCCCGGUGGUUCAACGAGCGCCCGCACGAAUGGCUGGGACGGUAGUCAGCAGGGCAGCAGCCCUCGUGGCUUCAUGAGUCCGACCCAAGAGGCUCAAGCACAGCGUACGGCGGCCGCGAAGCUUCGCGAACACGAACACCGACAGCGCCAGGCCCAAGCCCUUUCCGAGGAGAUAAGCGUCCCGGACUUGGACAUUCCGCCGCCGCCGAACGCCACACCCCGUCAUCGCAAGCAGCAGAAGUCGUCGUCGUCAGUCAAGUGGGCUAGCGGUUUCGACAAUGAGGAUGAUGAGAAGAAGAAGAAGGUCAACAACGAUGCCAGGCAAACGGAUAACCCGCCGCCGUCUGUGGACUCGGUCUCGGAGGCCGGAACGUACAUGAGCCCCAUCGGUGAGAAGAACAAAAGACGGCGGAGGAAACAAUGA